AUGAGCACAGGGACUCCCUGCCGGCCAGCAAGCAGGGCAGGGCAGCCUACAGUGAGCAGGCCGCACACACAGCACACAGCGCCGCGGGGAGCUUCGGCAGAGCAGUGGCGGUGGAGCAACGCGGGGCGGACCUCCACUCCGGUGGGAAUCCCUGUGAGUCCAGUCCCCCUCAGGCACAGCCCCCUUGUCCAAACCCGCCAAUCCCGCAGACAACGAGCCACAGGCCCAGGGGAGGGUGCAUGUCUGAGGGCCGCUCAGCCCGAAGCGGCGCAGGACACGGACAGUGCUGUGCGGGCCCCAACGCCCCGUCCCAUGGACGCCGCCCCACCACCUCGGGUAGACGGCACCACCCAGACAGACGUGCCCUCCGCUCCGCAGCCAGCAUGGCCGUCCACGCCUUCCCCGCCUCCGCCCCGCCAUCCUCCGCCCGUGUUCUUCCCGUCCCAGGACUCCAGCUCUCCCGCCAACAGCCAGGGACAACUUCCCGCAGAGGCAGGGCACCAGGAGCCUGAAGUCGUGGAUCACCAGCACGGCCAGAAUCAAGGCGACACUGGUGAGGAGCACCACCAGUACACCCGCCGCCACCAGGAAGCAAAUCCUGGGGACUGUGAGCUUCAUCAGACACACGGCGUUGAGCUGAGACAUCAGGAGGUCCAGUGUGGCGGAGACUCCACCCAGACAUGUAACGGCGACCGAGACCCAAGUGAGGGCAGCUCGCCUCUCAAUCGCGGUGGGCUCCGCGCUGGCCGGUCACACACAGACGCUGACACAGGCGACACUCAGCCUCACGAAACACGCCCCCCUGAACCCAGGCCCCGCGAGCCACGCCCCGGUGACCGUGCACGCCCACGUCUCCCCUCAGGAGGCCGCGAGCGCCUCGCUCCCCAUCCUGGUGACAUCCAGGCCUGA